AUGAAAUUGGCAACAAUUUCUAUUUUGUUGUUUACUUUUUCCUUGAUCUUCAUUUCCCAUGCUCCUUUACCAUCAUUAGGAAAAAACUUGCAUGAAUCUUUAUGUGAUGAAGUCAAGGAAGACAAGGGUAGGUGCCUUGAAGUUUUCAAAGGUGAUCCUGGAAUUGCUAAGGCUAAAGACAACUUUGAACUUUCUAAAUUGAUCCUUGAAUUUGCACUAAAAAAGGGAAUUGAGGCGCAAAAUUUUCUAAAAGAAGUGAUGAAGACAAACCCUUCACCAGCCAUUAAACAAUGUGCAACUAUCAUCUAUGAUGGAGUUAUUGAAUCAUUGAAAAAUUCAUUGGGUGAGUUAGGUGGAGAUGGCCAAACUUCAAGUUAUGAUGUCCAAGUUGCUAGUGAUGGACCUAUAACUUGUGACAAGGCCUUGAGUGAAUCCAAUAUCACCAAUCCUUCCAUUGUAGCCUUCAACAGAGAUAUUUUGUUACUUAGCAACCUUGCAUUUAGAGUCAUUGACAAGUCUUCCCAAGAUGUAGAAAGUGAUUUAUAUGCUGCUAAGAUUCUUGCGAACUUGAUUGUGAUGGGUGGCGGAAUCUUGGCAAGAGCAGUCGUUCAAGCAUAUCGUCAAGCACUUACUAAUGCCUCCAAAAAUGGUGUUGCACAGGAGACAAUACAAAAUACUAUUCGCAGAGCUAGCAAGGCAAUGACAGAGCAAGAGGCUCGACAGAUUCUUGGUGUUUCUAAGGAAACUCCCUGGGAGGAGGUUAUCAAGAAAUAUGACAAUUUGUUUGAGAGCAAUGCCAAGAGUGGGAGUUUCUAUCUCCAGUCCAAAGUACAACGUGCCAAAGAAUGUCUAGAGGAAGUUCAACAGGGCAAGAGUAAGCUACCAAUCACCCCUUUCAACCCUUAUCCCCACACUCUCAAUGCAAAACCAAGUGGAGCUUCCACUUCACAAGUGAAACUUUUCUCCCACUUCAAAAAGAAAGUGACAUUGGAGAUGGAAAAGGAAUUAAAGGAAGUGACAUUGGGUAGAUUUGGAUUGGAACAAAUGAACACAUCCAAAAUAACCCAAAAGAUAAAGAAUGAUGAUGAUGACUAA